UCUGGCAACCAUCCACGACCUGGACUUUUAAGCUUGGUGUGAUGUCUGGUCUGGUGUGGGAAUUGCGACACCUUCUUUGCAUUAAAACGCAGGUGAGAACUGGCAGCCAACUACAUAAAAAGACUCCUUCCAACAUGUUGGCAAAGCACUGACAGCAAGGUUGCCAUUUGGAACCUUGGACCACAAGCCACCGGAUUUUUUUAUUAUUUUGUUUUAAUUUGUGUUUGGUUAAUUUGCAUUUUUUUAAAAAUAACUUUCUAGCAUCAAUUCAAAUAAUUACAUAAUUUCAGGUUAUUUGGUUAAGCAUGGCUUUUCUCAUCAACGUCAUCUUUUUUUCAAGCUUGACAUCUGCCGUUGUUUCUUUGCCACACAAUGCUUUUGUGAAAGGGUCAAAGGUUGAAUUUGAGUCAUCUGGCAAUGGACCAGAUGAGCCUGUCCAGGGAAUAGUGAAGGUUGUACAGCUGGACCCCCGCGCGCUGGUCCAGUCAGGGUUCUUGAGAAGAGGACUGACCCCCAGAAGAAGCCUCUUCCACAGCUCCAGAUUGCCCUUCCCUGCCUUCCUUUCUCGAGGCCGUCUGGGUUCAGCUCACAAGGCACCUGUAAGCCCACUACAAAUCCUGCAUCCUAAAAAACCCUCUGAGAUGGAACUGAAUAAGAAGCAAGGACUGCAGAUGUGGCAGAGAGCCAUAGAUAAGGGAGGCAAGAUGACCCUUCCAGUCAACCUAAAGGACACUAAACAGACAUGCAAUGCAGUACCUUUCACUCAGCACGUGACAGUAGAUGGAUGUGAAACAGUAACAGUGCACAACAAGCUGUGUUUCGGCCAGUGCAGCUCCCUCUUCGUGCCGUCUGAAGGGGAGCUCACUGAGCUAGGUCCUGGAAUGGGUGCCUUCAACCGCCGGUCCCACUGCUCCCGCUGCGUCCCAUUCAAAGCUCACACCGUCACUGUGCCUCUGCACUGUGGAGCCAAUGUCCGGGAGAAGCGAGUGAUGGUGGUAGAGGAUUGCAAGUGUGAGACAAGCCAAGAGGAAAGAAGUGCUGAGGCUGCAGUUUAUACUCACCUGUGACAGGGUAUAAUCAAUACAAAGCCUUUUGCAACAGUUAUUGUAAUCAAUAUUAUUAUUGUGCGUUUAUCUAUUUGUGAGUCUGAAUGUGUUAUUCAGGGAAACUAAUUCUGGUGGAUUAUUCCAUCUCCGAUUGUUGACAAAUUGACCUGUGUUUUGGUCAUGCAAU